AUGAAUGUUGUUAGGUUUUUGGUAGGACUGAAACCCAAAUAUGAGGCUAUUCAUUCUCAAAUUUUGGGUGGUUCUAGUCUUCCCUUACUACUCGAGGUUUCCUCUCGCGUACAGUAUGCUACUUUGUCUACUUCAGGCAUCGAGCAUGGUGUCUCUACUGAUUGUUCAGCUCUUGUGGUCCCUAAUAGCCAUAAUGAUGGUCCUCGAGGUGGUUGUGGUGGUCAAGGAGGUCGUACAAGAGGUCGUAUGGGUGGUCGUGGGAGCCUUAGUGGACCCUGUUCCUAUAUUCACUAUGGCCGUGGAGGGCAUACUAUUGAUUUUUGUUGGGAUUUACAUAGGAAACUUUCUGGUGCUGCGAAUCAGGCUUCCUAUCAGGAUGAUACCUCUUCUGUUGCUUCCAUACCUCGAUCAACUCCCCCAGACACUGGGUUGGUUACUAUUACACGAGAGGAGUAUGCUCAGUUCCUGUCCCAGCAACAGGCUAUUCCAUCUCCUUCUACUGCUACUUUUGCCCAGUCAGGAUCUCAAGACGAAGAGGAAAAUUGGUACGGGGCAUAA